GUUAGAUUAUUGUGGAAUUGCUUUCCUAAUUAUGGGAUCAUUUGUACCCUGGUUGUAUUAUGGUUUCUAUUGUCACUAUCAGCCGAAAGUGAUUUACUUAUCAAUUGUUUGCGUGUUGGGUUGUUUGUCCAUAAUUGUGUCUCUAUGGGAUAAAUUUUCUGAACCUAGACUACGACCAUUACGUGCUGGAGUUUUCAUGAGCUUUGGUUUAUCUGGAAUAAUACCUGCAAUACAUUAUAGCUUAAUGGAAACCCAAAUUAAACAAAGUAGCUUAGGUUGGCUAACACUUAUGGGUUUACUAUAUAUACUGGGAGCAAUGUUGUAUGCAUUACGUGUACCGGAAAGAUGGUUUCCUGGAAAAUUUGAUAUAUGGUUCCAGUCACAUCAGCUAUUUCACAUACUAGUUAUUAUAGCUGCCUUUGUACAUUACCAUUGCAUAUCCGAAAUGGCGAUGCAUCGAGUUACGGUUGGUGAAUGUGCAGUACCGCAUGAGCCUAUUACGUUUUAAAUUCAACGUUUUUUAAAAACAGACUUUUGUAUAAUAUGUCAACAUUACAACAAUAAUAGAGAGCGUCAAAAAAAAAAUAAGUUUACAAUAAUCAAAUCAUUCACAAAUGCA